GUCAUUCGUAAUUUAGGGAAGCUUGUAGCAUGAUGGGGAACAGCGAUCCUCAUUUAUAGAAUGAUAGAACAAUCUGGAUAAAUGGCGAUUUUCAGAAGGAAACUGUACCAGCAAUGUUUUCUGUUUUUUGUUUUGUUUAUUCCACUAUCAGGUGUUUUAUGUUUCAAUGAACUCUCCUUCAUCAUCGAGCCCAGUGAUAUUACAGUGAUACCCAAGGAUCCAGUGGUCCUGGACUGUGUUGCCCACGGACAGCCUCCCAUCGUCAUCAGAUGGCUGAGGAAUGGAGUCAGGCUAGCGGAGAGCGAGCGGCUUCAGUUCCUGUCCAACGGCUCACUGUACAUACCGGAGGUCAGGGGGGAUGGAGAAGGGUCGGACGGAGGGUUCUAUCAGUGCCUCUCCCAAAACAAAUAUGGAGCCAUUCUAAGCCAAAGAUCCCGCCUGAUUAUCGCAAAUAUCUCACCAUUCGUGGUGCAGCCCGUGCUUUUGGAAGUGACCGAGGGUUCCGUGGCCAGGUUCACCUGCCAGGUGACCUCUAACCCUCCUGCCACCAUCACCUGGGAGCUAGACCAAAGCACACUACCGUUGGAGACAGACAGAAUCACAGUCCUGCCCAACGGAGCUCUCCAGAUUCAAAACGUCCAACUAGAGGAUGCUGGGAAGUACCGUUGUGUGGCCACCAACAUCGGCAACCGCGUCAAGAGUAGAGAGGCAAUGCUCUCCGUCAUCAACCCAGGUUCUGGCCCUAAACCGCGUCAGAGGCCCCGGAUCAUAGCGGGCCCCCAAAACAUGACGGCUUCCCUCCACUACACCGUGGUCCUGGAGUGUGUUGCUACGGGCAACCCCAGACCCAUCAUCUCCUGGAGCCGGGCCGACAGUAAACCCAUCGACGUGUUCAAUGCCAGGGUGCUGGGCAGUGGAAACCUGGUAAUCAGUGAUGUGAAGCCUCAGCACAGUGGAGUCUACCUCUGUAGAGCCACCACCCCAAGAACACGCAACUACACCAUCGCUGCUGCCAACCUCACCGUGCUAGAGCCCCCAUCACUGGUGGAGAGACCCGAGAGCCAGACCCGUCCCAGGGCUGGCACUGCCCGCUUCAUGUGCCAGGCUCAGGGGGUGCCCCCGCCACGCAUCACCUGGCUGAAGAACGGAGAGGAGGUGCACCUGAACGGCAGGAUCAAGAUGUACAACAGUAAAUUGGUGAUCACUCAGAUCACAACGGAGGACGAUGCCAUUUACCAGUGUGUGGCGGAGAACGACCAGGGCAGUGUUCUGUCCCUGGCACGYCUCAUCGUGGUGAUGUCUGAGGACCGGCCCAGCGUUCCCAGGAACAUCCACGCCGAAACCAUCUCCUCCUCAGCCAUCCUACUGGCCUGGGAGAGACCCAUCUACAACGCUGACAAAGUCAUCGCUUAUUCUGUACACUACAUGAAGGCUGAGGGACUAAACAAUGAGGAAUACCAGGCGGUGAUUGGCAACGACACGACCAGCUACAUUAUAGAUGACCUGGAGCCAUCUUGGAACUACUCUUUCUACAUGGUGGCUUAUAUGCCGAUGGGAGCUAGCCGUAUGUCUGACCGAGUCUGUCAACACACUCUGGAGGACGUGCCCCUGCGAACCCCAGAGCUCAGGCUGACCAGCCAUAGCCCUACAGACAUUCAGGUUUUGUGGCAGCCUCUACCAACCAAACUGUCCCGUGGUCACAUCUGGGCCUAUCGUCUGUCCUACCGCACGGCUGCAGACGCCACGGUUCUGUCUGUGGAGCUGGCCCAGAACGACACCCAGUACCUCCUGGGAGACCUUCGGCCUGAUACCGUCUACCUGCUCCGGAUCGCUGCAGCCACCAGGGUGGGGUGGUGUGAACCCUCCUCCUGGACUUCCCACCGCACUCCCAAAACCUCAAGCAUCAAAGUGCCACCUGCCCCACUGCUGCAGGCAACUGGAGCCUCUCAACUGCACUCCAUCUUGGUUCGAUGGGCAGCCAUCUCCAGCCCCGUGGUCGUCCAGGGUUACCGGCUCUGUUACCAUGAAGGAGGGUCAACCAGAACAGCCCUCCAUCCAGCUCCAGCCUGGAGGACACAGAAUACACCAUCAGUGGUCUGGCUGAGGGCCGCUGGGCCAGAGCUGCCCUAUGACACCCUGGCCACCCAACCCCCCACCCACCCAAGGAGGAAGUACCAGGUGAAACUGUUAGCAUUAAGCCUUGUAGGAGAUGGUUACCAGGCCGACCAGACACUCAGCACCCCAGGAUGUGUGUCAAUCCGAGACCACCCGGUGGCCCAGCCUCCAGCCCCGGACCAUGUGACUGCGGUGGCUAACAGCUCGUCAGCGGUGUACCUGCGUUGGAGCCGUCCCGCCUUCGCCUCUAGGAAGGUUGUCAGCUACACAGCUCGCUGUACACCUGUGGGCCUGAUGAACGCAUCAGCCGUACGCUACAUACAGACUACCAAUCAGACUGUGGUGAUACAGGGUCUGGAACCCAACACACGCUAUGAGUUAGUGGUGCGUCUCCAUGCCGACCAGCUGUCCAGUCCCUGGAGUUCUGUUGUCCACCAGAGGACCCUUCCUGCAGCGCCCAGCCAUCCACCUGAAGGUGUGAGGGUGUCUCUGAUUGAGGACRGCACAGCCCUGGUUUCCUGGAGGGAACCAGAGGAGAACAACCUGGCAGUGACACACUACACCAUCCUGUACGCCUCACAGCAGGCCUGGGUGAGUAUGGACAUGGCAACACUGCAGAGGGAGGGAAGUAACACCGUGGUCCUGCUGGAGCGUCUGGAGCCUGGUAACGUCUACCUGGUGAAGAUCUCUGCCUCCAACCUGGUGGGAGACGGGCCCUUCUCUACCACUGUGGAGCUGGCCCUGGGUCCUGGGCCUAGACAYAGAGGGAAGAGCCCCAGGCAUUCAGACAGCGGAUCCUCCUCGGACACUACAGUGUUCUCUGAUGGCCUAUACCACAUGGACCAGAAGUCCAUGACAGGCAUCAUGGUGGGGGUCUGCAUCACUCUGGCUUGUAUCGCCAUCUGUGCCCUCAUCCUCAUCAACAAAGGCAGAUCCAGGAAAUCGUCCAUCUGUAAGAUCAUGGACGUAGUGAACGGUGAGAGACCCCAUGGUCCACGUGCUGGUUUGGCCCUGGCCAAUGAACACCAGGCUGACAACAUAGAGGCCCUGAUCCCUGUGAUGGCACAACACUUCAUUGAUGCCAAGGGUGGUUCUAACCUGGCGAUUAGUAGAACAGGUCCAGUCAAUGGCAGCAAGCGCGGUAAGAGAUGGCAAUUCUUCAAGAGGGAGAGACGWAAUACAAAUACAAGCCAGGCUGAGAACAGAGUGUGUCUGUACGAGGCAGGGAAGACCAUGCUGUGUUACGAGGAUAAGGUAGACGCUCCGCCCCUCCAGCCUUCCAGCCUGCAGAUCCUGUUCGGGCCACUAGGGGGCUUACAGAGCUCCGUGGGUAGCAGUCAGGGAAGCAGCUCUGGGACCACUGAGACCAGCGAAGGAAGCCACGAGACAGGAGACUCCGGUCACUACUCCAACGAAGAGAUGAGCAACGCGAGUGAGAUUGAGUAACCCGUCCACAGCUGCGUUCGGGCCGUAAUUCCAGGCAUCCGUCCUUCGGGUCGGAGUUGGACGACAGCUCAACUCCAGAGGAUGAAGAGUGUUUAGAAGUGGAGGAAGAAGGAAAGCCUGGUUUUAAAGUGGAAUCUGAGGUGACGACACCAAGCCAAUCCUUACCACCAUCACCUCCACCGGCCUGGUCAUGACACUGUCCAGCUGCCCUCACAUCCCUGCUCCCUCUCGGCUGAGGAAGCUGCUUAUCCUGCCCAGGGCACGGUCCAGUCAGCAGGCUCCUCCUGACCAUAAGCUACCCAGCCUGAAUGUGACUUAUCUACAGCUGAAGCUGCCCACUUCUCUCCCUUCUUGGCCUCCUGAAAACAGGCCCUUCAGCAUGGAACAUACAAGGAGUUAUGAAGAGGGAUCAGGAAGUUGAGGAUUGAGGAGGAAACAGGUGUUUUCUUCAGGUCUACCUCAGGAUAUUUGUAAAUGAAUGUUGUUGUUUUCCUGUUUMAUUUUGAUCUAAUUUUCAGUCUGUCUGAUUUUCGUCUGUGUGUCUGUUCGGUCUUUAGGGCUGGUUUWUGAACACAGAUCAAGCCUUGUCCUGGAUUGGUGACAGGUAUGUUAUGGGAUCCUGAAAAGCAUGUUUAGUGAUAUUCUCCAUUCAAAGGGGCUUCUUUGUACAGGACCAGGCUUAAUCUGUGUCCGGAGAAACGAGUCCUUAAUGUCUGUUCUAAACCAAAGCUCACGCCAAAAAUGAAUGUUCAAAAGAAUGUCAAAAAAUGUAUUGCUUUUGUGAUCCAUUUUCUUCUAUGUUAAAGUAGAUGUAUUUCUUCCACUAAAGUAGAGGGUGUAGUUGGUGACCCCUCAUUGCUGAUUGUCUACCUCAGUGACUCUGAUUGUAUAUAGUGCUACCUCAUCUUAACAGUAUAUUGUGCAGUACUGUAUAUAGUACUACCUCAUCUUAACAGUAUAUUGUGCAGUACUGUAUAUAGUACUACCUCAUCUUAACAGUAUAUGGUUGAAAGCUUUAACUCUUUGUCUGUCUUUCAGACGAUUGUUCUCCGUUUGCGUUCUAUCUUAUAUCACUGAUACCAAACGCAGCAGUGACACAGAUGUCCCACGGAGCAAAAAACUAGUUCAAUCAAUGUUGUUUCCACGUCAUUUCAACAACAAAAAAUUCAAUGUGAUAACAUUGAAUCAAUGUGAAAAACUGAUUGGAUUUGAAAAAAAGUCAUCACUGUAAGAGAAUUUAAUAUUUUUUCAGCUUUUAACCAAAGUCCAAUGACAUGGCAGCAUUUUUUUGUUGAUUUCAUGUUGAAUUCAUGUUAGUUGACAACUCAACCAGAUAUAAUUCAAAACUAGACGUUGAACUGACGUCUGUGCCCAGUGGGGUGCUAUCAGAUGCCUUCUAUCUAGCUCAUUGAUGCUAAAAGCAGCGGUGACACAAAUGUGCUAUUAGAUGCCAAAGAGUUGUCUACUUCCUCAAAUGGGGAGGACUGAUGGGUCCUUCAGAUAGAUCAGAUGGGAGGACUGAUGGGUCCUUCAGAUAGAUCAGAUGGGAGGACUGAUGGGUCCUUCAGAUAGAUCAGAUGGGAGGACUGAUGGGUCCUUCAGAUAGAUCAGAUGGGAGGACUGAUGGGUCCUUCAGAUUGAUCCUUGGAAUGAUGUAAUUUGAAGCCAGGGUUGGGAUCUGUUUCAUUUCAAAUGUCAAUUAUGGAAGUAAACUGACAUUCCAAUUCCAAUGCUUUUCAAUGAGCAAAGUUGGCAUUUUGAAUUUUUGUUAACUUCUAGAAUUGACUGAAUUGGAAUGGAAUUGAGUCCAACCCUGACAGUAUUUGCUACUCACACAGGACCAAAGAAUCCAGUCAGUGUAUUGACAGUGAUUGUAGGUGGAAGAUGUUUUUUUAUUUGGGGGGGAUUUUUCAUCCAUCAACCAGAUUCUAACCUGGCUACUACGAUAUUCUGUAUUCUAACCUGGCUACUACGAUAUUCUAUAUUCUAACCUGGCUACUACGAUAUUCUAUAUUCUAACCUGGCUACUACGAUAUUCUGUAUUCUAACCUGGCUACUACGAUAUUCUAUAUUCUAACCUGGCUAAUACUAUAUUUCAGUGUGACAAUACGACAAGGAUUCUGACUAUCAAAUCGAUAACCACUAUGUGUGAAGAGCAACAUAAUCAAGUUUUAUAUCUUUGAAAAACAAAUAAUCUUAACCAAAGAAUAAUUUAAAGUCACCGUUGUUUAUUCAUUAGUUCUUUGGUUUAUUUAUUUUUUUGCAUAACAGUUUUUGCAUAAUGUGAUAUGUUUCUAGGAUUUUGAUUCACUGGAAAGGGCAUUUUACAGUCGAUUCGUUGUGAUGSCAAGUUCCAUUUUGUUUAGAGCGGCUUGAGAGGUCAAAAAGUGUUCCGUUUAGUUGUCGAUGUGAUUGUUGUUCAAGAGAUUUCACCUUAAAGAUCUUUAAAAGUUAACUUUGGGACUUUUAAAACAUGUAUUAUUGUUUUGUUCUUUUAGGAUAAUUUUAUUGAGUAUUAACGCAUAUUUUUCAUAGAUGGAUAUAAGAAAAGAUUGGGCUAUUUUCCCUCCGUCUGUGUUCUCAGAGCCUGUGCCAGUAGCAGGUUAGUCAGUUUGCCUGUUGCCUGUUGCCAUUGCAGGACACCAAUUGAACAUUUUGAAUGUGUUGCUUAUUUUUAUUAUUUGACUUAUUUUUUAAUUUCCUGCUUUUGUAAUGCAUAUUUACCAUACCAUAUCAUUUAGAAUUGUUUCCCUCAAUUGUUAAAACAAAGGUGUUUCUGUGUUACAAUGCACAAGCCAAACUGUUUGGUCCUCUCAAGAUUGUCUCAUCAUUUGAAUAAAACUGUUCCUGAAAAACUA